AUGGCGACAUUGGAGGGGGCUGGAGGAGGCACAGGGGUGGACUGCAGCGUGGGCACCAUCGUUUGGGUUCGGCGGAGGAACGGGUCCUGGUGGCCGGGGAGGAUCCUCGGCCAGGACGAACUGUCGGCGUCCCACCUCAUGUCCCCAAGAUCUGGGACCCCCGUCAAGCUCCUUGGCAGGGAGGACGCAAGCGUGUAAGUGUUCAUCUUCUUUCAAUCUGCCUUUCUUCUGAUGCUCUUUCUUCUGUAUUCAUGUUGGCCAUUCGAAGAAAAAAAUCCCAUUUUUAUGAUUUCCUCCUCAACUCUUCUGACAUACGAGCUCUUGAGCUUUGGAGGCAUAGGGGUGGACAGCAUCUCACCUCAUGUUUCCACCCACCUUAGUUUUACCAGAUGGCGCCUGAAACUGACCGGGAAACCUCCCCUAGAAGAAAAAAACUUGACAAAAACUGUGAAAAGCUCCCAUUCAGGACGUUGUCACUGUUAAGUAUUAUAUUUUUAUUUCUCGCUUGUGUUCUAAUUUGCUUCCAUCCGACUUGGUUUUUUUAUUAUCUAACAAUUGUCUUCAUUUUAUUCGCAAAGGGCGAUGUUUAUCAUAAGAUCUGUAAACCAUAAUACGGUCAUAUAUUACGGUGGAUCUGCCUGGUGUUCUCACCUUUACACGAAUCCUCUGUUGAAGUCGUGGGAAGGGGCAAGGUGUUCCAUGUCAAGUUCUUGCUCCAUUAGAUCCAUCGGUGGUUCAGUCCCUGCAUUUUUUUUAGUUUUUUGGGUAAGCACUUAAGAUUACCAUGUUUAAUACAGGAGCGUAGUGAUCCCUGAACUUCCCCAAAGAAUGGGAUCCUGUCCAGUGAAUAUGCUGAAAACCAGAUUGAGUUCAUUCUUUGUGAUCUGUCUUGGGGAGGGAGACGAUUCUCCAUGAUAAGAAGACAGCUUUGAUAGAAAUAGUUAGAAAAUGCCGUGCCAUUGUUUGGGUUUUGCCUAAUUGACUUUCAGCUGGUAUGGACCUGUGGUUUUGACCUUCGAUAUAGGAUUGGGAUUGGGCCGUGGAAAUUCGUCUUCUCUAAACCAUGGGAAAUAAGAUACUUUUUUUUGUGCCUUUUAUCUGCUGUUGUACUUUAUAAUGAAUAUUUAAAGUCCUAUUAUCAGCCAAAACAUAUCGAUGAAAAUAAUAAAAUGGAUGAGGCUCUGGUCAGCUGGAAUCAUUAAUUGUUUUAUUUUCAUUAUUCUUGUUGAAGCAUUAAUUGGGAAUGCAUCACAAUGCCUGCAUUAUGAUGCUUCAAAAGGCGAUAUGAAUCGUCUAUUCUCUGAUAAAUUACAUUGAUAUUUUCACUCGUGAAUGAUUUGGUGAAGAUUCUGUCGCCACAUUGUCUUAUUCGUCCUUUUUUUCUUCAUGGUUUAAUCUCUGGUACGAUCAAUUGAACAUUCUUCAAUUUUCUCAGGGAUUGGUAUAAUUUGGAAAAGUCCAAGCGUGUGAAGGCCUUCCGGUGUGGGGAAUUUGAUGCUUGUAUUGAAAGGGCUGAAGCUUCCCAGGGUGUUCUUUUGAAAAAGAGAGAGAAGUACGCCCGCCGAGAAGAUGCUAUCCUACAUGCUCUGGAACUGGAGAAGCAGAAUUACGGAUUGAGUGCCCACAAUCUGAGCCACAGAUACUCCGCUGGUUUAGAGUUGAGUGGUCAUUCAUCUUCUGGAUUAGAACUCAUGGAUGAUGAACUGAUGGGCAGCAGCAAAUCUGCCAUCUCUGUCCCUCAAACUCAUUCCUGGAGAGUUGACUUGCUCUCUGAGGAGGGAAGUGGUGGCAAGCAGAUGAAGUGGGAGGCUGAGAACUCUGACUCCAUCCCGUCCACAAGAGGACUGCAGGGCCUUGGCCUCCGUGUUGCAGCAGCAAAGAAGAGGGUCUCGAACCCCAUUGCAUGUGAGAAUUCUAAACCUGCUUUACUUAGUGAUACUACUUAUUUUGAUGUUCUUCAUAAUUCUGGCCAUGGGGAUGGGAUUGAGGGUGGCCCCGGUGGUGGCACUAAAAAUCCUUUGCCCAUUAGAUGGAAAAGAAUUCCCGGUGAUCCUUUGGAGGAAUUCCUGGUUGAAAGGUGUGCUAGACGCCAUCCUCUGGUUCAAGUUCUUCAUACUUGGGCAAAAUUGCUAAGCCCUGAGCCAUUGCUGGCUGACCAUGUAUUGGCAUCUGCUUUUCCAGGGCAAGACGAGAAGGAACACGUUGGAACAGUGUGUCAUGCCAAAAGUAGUAACUGCAUGCCUUUACGAGCUGAUAUCAGUGACUGCUUGGACCGUACUGAAUAUUCUUUUGACCAGGCACAAAUGUCUCCAGCUCAGGUUGGAUACAAUGGAGAAACUCUUCAGUCCAGUUCAUUGGCCGGCGAAGAGACCUCAUCUGGGUUGGUUAAAGGCGACGAGACUAGUUCCUCAGCAAAGACGUUUGUGGGUGCUGACAUGGAGGAUGAUGGAACUUUGCUUCAAGGUUAGAUGCGUUAUUUUUAAUUUCUUUUAAUACAUCGAGAGAACUUUAUUUGUUAGCAAACAUGCAUUGAAAGUCCACUGAUCAACCUAUUUGUCGAUCAAUAAUGGAAAACGUAUGGAGCUGACUUACCUUGGGUUUGUCAUCAUUGAUGAUAUAUGAUGUGUUUCUUUCAGGUUUGAGCUUGAGCUGAGUACUUUGAUCUCUUACUUAUUUGGAAUUAACACAGCGCCCCUAAAUGAGACAUCUCAUCCCCAUUACCAUGUCUUAAAUCAUAUGGGUUGUGUUAAAUUUAUUUUUACAUAAAUUAACAUUUUAGUUUUAUUAAUUUUCUUGAUCUCGCAGGCAUCUAUUUGUGAAAUAAGUAAUUAUUUUACGACCCGAUUUCAAUCCUGCCUCCUGAUGGAGAUGAGCCUGAUACUUAGUGGGAACCCCUUCUGUUCUUAGGAAGUUAGAUUAUUUUUCCUUUAUCUCCCUAGAUUGUCUUUCUCUGUUGAUUUGUUUGAUAAUUUACAUAGAUUUCAUGAUUUAUGCUCUGGUGGCUUUCAUGACGAAAACACGAAAACCAGUGUAUUUAUUCUUCAUAAGAAUCAUUGAUAUUUAUGAGGGUUCUUCUCAUUUUGGCUCAGUUAAAAUCUCUCUCUCUCUCUCUCUCUCUCUCUCUCUCUCUCUCUCUAACUUCCACUCCCUCUGCUCUUAUAUUCAUGCAAUUAUAUGAGUGGUCACUCACAUGCAUCUAUGUAUAUAUAUAUAUAUGCACAUAUACAUUUCAGGUUACGGGUCGCUCCUUUCCGAAUCAAGAAGCUCGGAGCAGCCGGGUGAUGUUGACUCCACCCUCAGUGACGGCUUCGGCCCCUCGGUCUCCGGCUCUGCAGCUCCACUCACCCCGGGGGUCUCACGGUGGCACAUGAAGGGUAAGCGGAAUAUCCGGAACUUUCUUAAGAGGCCCGAGCCCGCCAUGAGCCCCGAGAGCUGUCCUGAUUUCCUCUCUGAGUUGGUCUACGAGAAGGCCAACGUUCAGAGCAUCUUUAAACCCGGCCGCGAGAGAGCUUCUGCCCAGGAUUUUUACCGUCGCCAGCUCGCCCGCGCCUAUGAAGAUGAUGAUGGUGAUGAUGGUGAUGAUGGUGAUGAUGAUGAUGAUGAUGAUGAUGAUGAUGACUACGAUGGGACCCUCUUGUCAGGCUGGAAGGCCGAUGGGCCGCCACCGCCGGUGGCGGUCAGGAUGGAGCCUUCGCUGGUCAACGUGGAGCUGAAGGUGCAGGCGAGGAGCUACCAGGGGGAGCGGGUGCCGCUGGUGUCGCUGAUGAGCAGGCUGAAUGGCAAAGCAAUCGUUGGGCACCCUGUCCACAUUCAGAAGCUUGAAGAUGGCUCCACCGACUCACUGCUCCCGGGUGGUGCCGACAGGGCUGACACCAAUGCUGACGCCGUUGGUCCCCAUGGCUGGAGGACCGCCCGGAGGACAGUGAUGCAGCGGGUGCGCCGCCCCAAUCUGCUCCCCAUGGCGGCUCCCAUGGUGGAGGAAGCUGGCCUCGAGGAGCCAUAUGCUGUCACCCGCCAUCGGCCCGGUCUGGCAGAGAGGAUCCACCGGAAGCUCUCCAGGAAGAGGAGUCUGUUGGCCCCAAAGGUCAGGAUGCUGUCUUCAAUUGCUGCGGAGAGGAGGCGGCGCAGUGGCGGUGGUGCCGCCACCGGGCACAGGGGGAGGAAGAGGGGGGAGGCUCUGGCCCGGCUGAUCAAGGCCGGCGGGGAGGUGCCGACGGUGACUUGUGUUCCCAUGAAGGUCGUCUUCAGCCGGUUGCUUGAAGCUGUCGGCCGGCCACCACCGCCGACAGGCAUGGCUUGA